CUUGUCAAUUUCUCUACUAUACCGGAUUCGUUAUUGUGCUUCCCCGUGUGGUGUAUUACUACUCAUGUUGUAACUGAAAGAUUAUUAUAUUCUUAUCACACCUGUCAAGACAUUGCUGCACUAUGACCUUGACAAAAGUACCAAUGAUACCCUCUUCCGAAAUGAACGACCCUGGUAUUAUGCACCCAGUUGAGGAACUGUUCCUUGACAUCUCCAUUCAUGAAGUACUUACUCAGACAAUGGUAACAUUUGUCGAGCCAUGGAAGACCAUGUAUAUCGAUUCAAUUCGCGAGCAGCGGUACGGCGACGCCAUUUGGGCUCGUUACUGCAUAGAGGGAGGGGUAGAAAACGGUGUCAUCUUUGGUCAAGGCCCAAAUCCCGACAUUACGGUGCUUGAUCAAAUCAGGGAAGAUGCAACUGAGGCGAAGACGAAUGAACCGGGACUUUAUGCAGAGGCUCUAGGGCUCUACCGAAAGACUAGUAGUACGGACGGGCACCCAGAAGUCAUUAAGAUAAUUCUUGACACUGAUAGAAUGGAGCCCCAAGACAGAGAGGCCAGAGGCGAAGACAAGAAAGGAGAAGAUGGGGAGGUCUAGAUGAGCGGGGUAAGCCAGACCAGGAGGCCCGAAUCACUAGGAUGAUCUAGAUAUAUGACCUUGUGAGGAGGCAAAUUAUUGUAUGCACAACGGGCCGACUCAACUCAUAGCUUCAAAUACCUUGCUCUUGUUCUCUGCACGAGGAACAAAUACCCGUGCUAAGUCUCGAAAGC